UCCGUACAUUCCUGAGUGGAGGAUGUUCUUCCCCAAUUCCAAAACCCUAGAUUUCUGAAUCCUACAAAUCUCACAUAAAUCUCUCGUUCUACAGUUUCUGUGAAUCUGAAAAGCGAUGGCUCGUACUAAGCAAACUGCUCGCAAGUCUACCGGUGGAAAAGCUCCGAGGAAGCAACUGGCUACCAAGGCUGCUAGGAAAUCUGCUCCCACAACUGGAGGAGUGAAGAAGCCUCAUCGUUAUCGUCCUGGAACUGUCGCUCUUCGUGAGAUCCGCAAGUAUCAGAAGAGUACCGAACUGCUAAUCCGCAAAUUGCCAUUCCAGAGGCUUGUUCGUGAAAUUGCCCAGGAUUUCAAGACUGAUUUGAGGUUCCAGAGCCAUGCUGUAUUGGCACUUCAGGAGGCUGCAGAAGCUUAUCUUGUGGGUCUCUUUGAGGAUACCAACUUGUGUGCGAUCCACGCCAAGAGGGUUACGAUCAUGCCAAAAGACAUCCAAUUGGCUCGCCGUAUCCGUGGAGAGCGAGCUUAGAAUCACUUCACUAAAGAAAAUUUGGUCCUUUUGAGAUGUAUGUUGUCUUUACAUAUUGAAUCUCGUAUUUGUUUUGUUCUUGUGGUAAUCUUCUUGGAAGGAUUCUUGUUUUAGUUUUAUAUGGAAAUUGAUGGAAUUUUGUUGGUGGGUAUAAAAUUGAUAGGAAUUGCAUACAUUCUUGA